CUUUAUAGUCACAACCAUAAUUGAUUUUCAGUAAUAUGUGCGCUGCCUGUUACAAACAGCUGUUUUAGAGACAGUUUUAUCGGAGGCAUUUGUUGAAUGAACAAUAAAUAAACAACACGUUUAAAAAUUUAGUGUACCUUGCCAAAGUUAAAAUUCCAAUAAAAAUUCUGAAAUAUUGUACUGUUGAGAAUAUGAUUGAAAUGGCAUUAGAAGAAGAUUUACCCGAAGAAUUUAAAGGAUGCAGCCUCCGAAUUCAUCCUGACAGAAGUGAUCCGCCCAAAUCACCUAAUCCUGAUGUUGAUAGAAUUGAUAAUGUAUCCGAUAUAAACAAUCAGAGUCAAAAUUAUCAUUGGAGAAACACUUUCAUGGCUCCUUUAUCAUCAAUUCCCAAUAAAAUAACAGAAACCAUAUGGAGCUCAAAAGGAAGCAAAGAUGAAACUCCUCCGCCGACGGCUACUUCUACUACAGCACCUCAGAGCUCCAGCAACGAAAAAUGCAUCCAACCAUCCAUUAUCAUUAAAGAAGACCCUAACAACUUUUUUACGUUCCGAGAUGGUGUUAUUGAAAGAGCUGUAAAAGAAUGUACAGCUCAUUUGCUAGAUGAGACUGAAGGACCAGUAUAUGCUUCAUUUUUGCUCACCCAAAUUAAUCAUUGGGACACUGACAAAGAACGCUUAUUGAUGAUGACUGCCAAAAACCUAAUUUUAGUUAAAUAUGAUUUUAUUGCUCUAAGAAGGCUAGGAUGUCGUAAGAUAAUGUUCAGUGACAUAGAAGGAAUAGUUGUUGGAAAUCUAGUCUAUCCUAGUGGCUCCCUGAUACCAAAAAUUAAUGGAUUUGCUGAUGGAAUAUCCAGCUUAUUGGAAAAUUGUUUAUUCAAACGAAUGCCUAAAAACGACAAUCAGGCAGACAUAGAAAACCUUAAUCAAACUAGAGACCGUAAUAUGAAAGGUAUUAGAUUACUGUUGAAACAAGAUAAGCCAGAUAGUUUUGCUUCAAAAUGGAAUCCAUUUAAUAGUGAAGUACAUUUCCUGACAUUUACCUAUCAUCCUCUUUAUUAUCACAAAGAUUGUGCCGAUGAAAGACUUCGCAGCGUAUACAAUUUAGAUUUAUUCAUCGAAAAUAUAUGCCUUUCUGUACAGAAAUGGAAAGAAAACAUCGUCAUUCUGCAGCAUAAUAUACUGUUAGAAAACUACGUGGGCCUAGGAUCUGUUAUCCAUAACAGACAUUCUUUGGGUUUUUUUAAAGUCAGAGGAAAAUUUAGUUUCUAAAAACAAACGAAUCUAUACAGGGUUGAGCAAUAAUACAUUUUUUUUGGAAAUUAAAACUUACUGAAAAUUUGUGGGAUUUUUUAAAUAGAAUUAUACAGUUUAUCGCAUAAUUAAUAACAUCAUGAAAUGUCUAUUUUGGAAUAUAUAUCUUAUCUAUGUCUAUAAAUGUAAGCUUUUAGAAAAUAAUUUGUACCAUUCGAUUUUUCUAUAAUAUUCUACUAACUAAUCGAAUAUUUCAAUGAAAGUUUAGUUAUAAAAUCUACCCUAACAUAUAGUUGAGCUCUUUUUUUAUUUACAAUCAACUAAGUUAUAGUGAAAUUACUUUCUAAUGGAUUGAAUUUAUUAUAUAGUGUACCUUUCGCCAUACUUUAGAGAAGGUUAUCAUAUUGUAUUAUCAAGGACAAUUAUCUUUAACAAGAAAAAAGAGCAAUUGAUCAAUAUUAUUUACCAGAAACAUUUAAAUUGGAUUUUUCCGGAACCAUUGAUGAAACAGUGUUUACCUUUGGCGUCGGAAAGUGUGUGAAUAUAGUAAACAGUAUUGUUCAGUAUUAAAAGAACAAAAAUACGUUUUUGUACUAAUUAUCACUUCAGAUAAACUAGAAAUUUUCGUUCACACCUUUUAUGAAUUAAAAAUGUUAACAUCAUACUAUUAAGCUGUUUUUUACUUCGAUUUUUUUGUAAUUCUUAUUGCUAAUAACUUAUAAACAAGUUGGUCCAGAAUUAUGUACAUAAUUUUUAUAAGUGAUAUGUUGAAUACGCUUUAUGCAAACUUCUUAAAUCGAAUAAUAAAUGAGGUACACAAUUUAGAGGGGUGAGUGACAACCUUGAUUUUUCAGUUGUCUGCCAUACAAUUUUGAUUUUAGUAUUUAUAUUUUGCAAAUGAUUACCCAUAUGAAUACAGGGUAGUUUUGCUUUGGAGUCAGGGAUUCUUACGCUACAUUUUCGAUUAUGGUAAUUUACAUGUAUACAUUCGAAUUUUAAUAAAUAGAAAACAGUAAAAACUAUCUAAUUUUUACAAGAGGAAUUUUUUGUGCAGAAAUGUUAAAUAAUUUCCCUCAAAUUAUUGAAAAAAUGUGACAUUGUACAACGUCACAUUUUUGUCUACCAUAUAAAACUAAACUGUAUUCAUUGGGAUGGUUGAUAUAUAU